AACGCCUCCUGUGAGCAGGUUCCAAACCAACACUGAGAAGAAGGAGUGUGUACAGCCAAAAGUAGCCAUAGCAGUUCGCGGUGUUUUGUUCACGAUUUAGAAAAAAAUAACAAUAACCAUCACAAUUAGUGUUACCAAAUCUCAAAAUGAGUGACGACAAAAAGGACAAUAUUAAAUCUGGCUCUCAGGAAGUGGAGUAUAUUAAUUUGAAAGUACUUGGUCAAGAUAGUGCUGUUGUUCAAUUUAAAAUCAAGAAAAAAACACCUUUGAGGAAACUAAUGCACGCCUACUGUGAAAGACAGAAUUUGGACUCUAAAGUGGCACGGUUUAGGUUCGAUGGGGAGCCAAUCAAUGAAUCAGAUACUCCUGAAUCAUUAAAACUAGAUGAAGGUGAUACUAUAGAAGUGUAUCAACAGCAAACAGGUGGUGUACUGAGACUGAUUAUAAAUGACAAAUUGCAUUUUGAAACUGACUUGUUACUCUUUUAAUUAAUGUGGUGUUACAUAAGAUCUACCUAUUAUUUUCUAUUUGUGGUGUUCACAGUUCUCUGUGAGUAAAGUUAUUUUUUCAUAAUUGUAAUUAGAAUCCUACAAAAUGUGUACCUUUGAUAAUGUUUUCCCCUUCCCUUGUAAUGUGUAAUGUAAGUUAAAUUGUUUUUAUGAAGUGAAGUUGUUCAUAUGUGAAAGUCUGUUUCAUUUUUUACAAUAUUGGACUCAGACUUAUAGAGAACAAGUAAACAACUGUAAUAUCUAUUUGACUUUCAAAAUGUAGAGACAGGUAUUCAGAAAAGCAUUCCUCAUCCCUUUAUUAUAAACUGAAAAUUGUCAAGUGUC